AUGUUUUUAGUGCUCAUAAUUAUCAUUUCCACUGUUCUAAUAUUAUAUAUAUUGUUUUUAAUAUUAGAAAACAGAAAGGUGUGUGACUUACAAAAGAAAACGUGUCUCUUCUCAAUGAAGUCUUCAAACAUCAAUUUUGUGAAACUUCAGAAUUCUUUUAUUUCAGUCAACAAAACUGAAAUAAUUUUUGAAAGUGAUGGUGAUACCUUGAUAGAUGUUGAUAGUGAAAGUCGUGAGUUAAUAUGUGUUGGAAAUACCUUACAUCAUACUGUCAAAGUCCAAUUCACGUUCAACACUUCAAAUGUUAAAUAUCAAAUACGUGCAGAACCACAAGUUAUUGCAAUACCAGAAGGAAAGGCUGUUGAAUUCGAAGUCUUUUUGAUGCCACUGUGCUCAACCAACAUCGACGAGGAAAUCACAUUAUUUGCUGUUGAUAUGAAGAAAGGAGAGAACUUCCAAUUUCCAUUGAAAAUCCGUGCACUAACCAAAAUGACAACACGACUAGAUUUCGACGAGUUGAUUGAAGAGAAGGUGAUCGGUGAAGGAUCGUUUGGAAUUGUGUAUAAAGGAAUAUACAGAGGAAAUUGUGUUGCCAUUAAAAAAAAGAAAGAAAUAAAAAACAAUGAUGAUGAUGAAUUUACAAAGGAGGUUAAUAUGUUAGACAAAUUUAGAUGUGGCUAUAUCGUACACUUCUACGGAGCUGUGUUUAUACCAAAUAAAGUGUGUAUGGUCACUGAAUUUGCAUCAUUUGGGUCUCUGCAAGAUUUGAUGAAACACAAAACAUCUGAAGAAGUCGAUGUGAAACUUCGAAUCAAAUUUCUUGUUGACGUUGCUAAUGGUAUUCUGUAUCUUCAUGAAAACGGCUUUUUGCAUAGAAACAUCAAACCGGAUAAUAUUUUGAUAUUUUCAAUGGACUUUUGUGAAAGUGUGAAUGCAAAAUUGACUGAUUUUGGGAGUGCCAGAAGUGUGAAUUUACUUAUGACAAAUAUGACGUUCACGAAAAAUGUUGGAACACCAACUUAUAUGGCACCAGAAAUAAAAACAAACAG